GCUCCCCGCCGCGCACUCUCGCCCGGGUCCCUCGCAGCCCCGCCGGGCGCGCACUCCCACUCCCUCUCCGCGCGCGGCUCCGGGGCGCGAUGGACGCGGCACUGCUCCACAGCCUGCUGGAGGCCAACUGCAGCCUGGCGCUGGCCGAAGAGCUGCUCUUGGACGGCUGGGGGACGCCCCUGGACCCCGAGGGUCCCUACAACUACUGCAACACGACCUUGGACCAGAUCGGAACGUGCUGGCCCCGGAGUGCGGCCGGAGCCCUCGUGGAGAGGCCGUGCCCCGAGUAUUUUAACGGCAUCAAGUACAACACGACCCGGAACGCCUACCGACAAUGCUUGGAGAAUGGGAUGUGGGCUUCAAGGGUCAAUUACUCACAGUGUGAGCCUAUUUUGGAUGACAAGCAGAGGAAGUAUGACCUGCACUACCGCUUUGCCCUCAUUGUCAACUACUUGGGCCACUGUGUGUCUGUGGCAGCCCUGGUGGCCGCCUUUCUGCUUUUCCUGGCCCUGCGGAGCAUCCGCUGUCUGCGGAACGUGAUCCACUGGAACCUCAUCACCACCUUUAUUCUGCGAAAUGUCAUGUGGUUCCUGCUGCAACUCAUCGACCACGAAGUUCACGAGAACAAUGAGGUCUGGUGCCGCUGCGUCACCACCGUCUUCAACUACUUCGUGGUCACCAACUUCUUCUGGAUGUUCGUCGAGGGCUGCUACCUGCACACGGCCAUCGUCAUGACCUACUCCACCGAGCGCCUACGCAAGUGGCUCUUCCUCUUCAUCGGAUGGUGUGUCCCCUGCCCCAUCAUCAUCGCCUGGGCCAUUGGCAAACUCUACUAUGAGAAUGAGCAGUGCUGGUUUGGCAAGGAACCCGGCGACCUGGUGGACUACAUCUACCAGGGCCCCAUCAUCCUUGUGCUCGUGAUCAACUUCGUAUUUCUGUUCAACAUCGUCAGGAUCCUAAUGACAAAAUUACGAGCAUCCACUACGUCUGAGACGAUCCAGUACAGGAAGGCAGUGAAGGCCACCCUGGUCCUCCUGCCCCUCCUGGGCAUCACCUACAUGCUCUUCUUCGUCAACCCUGGGGAGGACGACCUGUCGCAGAUCGUGUUCAUCUACUUCAACUCCUUCCUGCAGUCGUUCCAGGGUUUCUUUGUGUCUGUCUUCUACUGCUUCUUCAACGGAGAGGUGCGCUCAGCCGUGCGCAAGAGGUGGCACCGCUGGCAGGACCAUCACUCCCUCCGAGUCCCCGUGGCCCGGGCCAUGUCCAUCCCCACGUCGCCCACGAGGAUCAGCUUCCACAGCAUCAAGCAGACGGCCGCUGUGUGACCUGUCAGUCGCCCACCUCCCCGCCACUCCUCCCCAUCCUCCUCCGUGUUCUUCCCCCGGGUCCUCCUCGCUGUGCAGCCCCAGUGGGCAGGAGGAGGGCGGGAGGGGCCAGCCCGGCAGCCGGCAGGAAGGAGGCACACAGCCACGGAAGGGGGCUCCCGGGGCCCAGGGCCAGCUGGGGCCGCAAGUCUCAGUGGGAGAGGGAGCAGAGG